GCGCUUCUCGCCAUUUUCCGGCGCGGCUUGCCUCGCCAUGCGCAUUCCUCACAAAGCAGUAGGCGCCCGAAAGCUACUUAACUCGCACUCGCUCGCGCACAAAACGCGUAGAAGCGCCCCGACAACUUCUCGAGCCACGCACGCGGCUGUUCGCAACGAACGCAGGUUCGCCGCUUCGCUGUUUCGCCUGAUCCCUUGCAGCACGGUGACAGUAACCGGUGCUGUAGCAGUCAGCAGCAAAAGACUUGACCCGCUGACCGCGGUGAAAGCUGUGACGGCACCCGUCUUGACAGCUGCGGUGACUCCGGGCUUUCUACCCGCAGCCAGCCCAGCCAAACACGGGUUCAGGUGGCGGCGGCCAGGCCUGGAAGAUACGACACCAGCAGCAGCAGCUAGCCAGCUAGGCCCACUUUGCGCUGCGCGGAAACAUACCGCACGCGCGCUAUAGGUGGCCGCUGAGGUAGCCUAGGGCUUCACACCUGCAACUGCUCCCUGCGGCCUAGCCAUGGUGGCCAGACACCAGGAUCCCGAGCCGUCACAGGGCUUGGGAGAAGAGCGGCAGCAGCAACUGGCGCCGCAGCCGGGCGUGCCAUCAGCGUCAGAGGCACAGGCGGAGGCGGAGGUAGCGGCUCGCGGCAGCAGGGAAGGCAGCGGCGGCGGUGCGCCUGCUGGUGGCGCUGCCGGCAAGCUGGGCGACGGCGAGGAGGCCUCCGGGCAGCCGCUGCGGCGGCUGUCAGAAGUGCUGGCGCCACUGCUGGUAGUCAGUGCCUUCGGCGCAUCCGGCUCGGGCGGGUCUUCCUGCGCCUCCACCCCCGCCAGCGCCACGGCUACGACUUCAGCCGCACACACCACGGCUAGCGCCGUCGCUGCCGCCACUGCGGCCGAAGGCGUGGCCGCCGCCAGUGCCGCAGCGGCGGCGGAGCGUGCGUGUGCACGACAACACGACGAGGCCGCCGCCAGCAACAUGAUUGGUGCAACACCUUCCCCCUUCCACCAAGACCCACCUGCGUCUCCGUCGCCACCAUCGUCGUCGCAUGCCCGCCAUCACGGGGAUGUGUCGCCGUUUCACCUGCAGCGGCUGCAGUCGCACCCCGUCCCACCAAGCAGCUCGUGCAGCAGCGACGGUGCAAGUGGCGAUGAUGGCCGUCGGCUGAGCGGUAGUAGCAGUGGCAGCAGCCGCAGUCGCAGCCGUGGCGGAUUCCUCAGCGGCGACACUGGGUUUGCUAGUACCGGCAAUGGCAGCACCAGCACCUGCAGUGGCAAGGGCUGCAAGGAGGCAGCGGCAGCGCCAGCACGCGAUGGCGGCGCUGCCUGCGCCGCCCCCAUAACCGCCACUACUGCCACCAUCACCACUACCACCGCCACUGCAAUCAACGCCACCACAACUGUUGCCGCCACCGCGCAUUCCCCGCGCCCCCGCCCGGGCCCGGGCCCGCCAAAGCUGGUGGUGAUGACCCCGCGGGAUCCGCCGGUGCCGCGGCCGCCGCCGGGCGUACGGCAGUACACUGACGGCCGGUCGGCGUCGUACGUACUGCCGCUGCCGUAUCGCCUGCUGGCCCAGCUGACUCUGGGUUUGUACGUGGGCUUUCCCUACAUCCUGCUGGGGUUGUUGCUGGGCACGGCUGCCGGCUCGCGCGCCGCCGCCGCCGCCCUGGCUCUGACGCUGGGCAGCCUGCUGGUGCCGGCCCCACCGCACAUCCGGCAGGGCAUGCUGGACUCGGCACUGUUCAGGCUGUGGCGCGCCUACUUCAACUACAGCUACGCCUACGACCAACUGCCCGACUUCAACCGCCCACACAUCUUUGUCAACAGCCCGCACGGCGCCUUCCCGCUGUCGCAGAUCCUGUGCAUCUCCCUGUCCAACAUCGUGUGGCCGGGCUUCCCCGUGCACAGCCUGGCGGCCUCGGUGCUGUGGUACAUACCGCUGUGGCGCCACAUGAAGGCGGCGCUGGGGGCCGCGCCCGCCAGCCGGGACAACGCGCGCAUGCUGCUGAGGCACCGCGGGUCGGUGGCGGUGCUGGCGGGCGGCAUUGCGGAGAUGUACACGUCAUCGCCCUCCCGCGCCGCCGCUGCCACCGAACCAGAUGAGGCUGCGGCUGCGGGUGGGGCGAUCGACACGACUGAAGCCGCCGGCGCCACCGGCUCAAGCAGCACCACCACUAGCCCGCCGCAGCCAAAGGAGCAGCAGCGCGAUGGGGAGCAGCGCCAGGGGCCGCGCAAGGGGCUGAAGGGGCUGCUGAAAGGCCCGAAGGACGAUCCCGAUCCGGCGGCGGAGGAGGAGCAGGGCCUCGGGUUGGCACCUGAACGCAUCAAGCUGCUGGGCCGGCGCGGCUUCGUGCGGCUGGCGGUGGAGAUGGGUGUGCCCAUUGUACCCAUAUACCACAUGGGCAACAGCAAGAUCCUGACCUUCGGGCCGCAGUCACUGCAGCAGCUGUCGCGCCGCCUGCGCAUGGCGCUGGGCGCCGUGUUCGGCGUGUGGGGCCUGCCUGUGCCGCGCCCCCAGCCGCUCAUGAUGUGUGUGGGCAGCCCCAUUCCCGUGCCGUACGUGGAUCCAGCCGCCGAGCCGGAGCGCUUCGAGGCCGUGGUGGCGGCGGUGCACGGGCAGGUGGUGGCGGCCUUUCAGGAUCUGUACAACAGGUACCGCGUGCAGUACGGCUGCGGUUGGGAGCGCCGGCCGCUGGAGGUGUGCUGAGCCAACCGCCGGGUGCGGUGGCGUGUGUGCGAGGCGUGUUGAGGUGUAUGAGCGUGGGAGUGGCUGAUUGGCACAUGCGAGUGAGGGGUUGGCGGGGAAGAGCUCGAGGCGAUUGGGCACCGCCGCCAGGUGAUGAAUGCAGCUUUGGAGUUUCCAAGGAACUGAGGGGCUGGCGGCUGGCGGCGGCACGGCUAAAGGUUUGGCACAUACAAGGCAGGCGUGAUGGUGCAUGUUGGUUCGUUGAGGAACUCAGUUGCUGAGAUCUGGUUGCUGCUGCAGUUGAGCUGCUAUGGCGGGCAAACCCUACGCAAGUCCACAGUAACCCCGCAAGCAGUCCCGCGCUAGUCAUUAAGUCAUU